CAUGAAAUGAAGCGCGAAUUUGAGCCUCACACAACGGCUCAAACCCAAGAUAAACCAGAAUAUGGCAGUCUGCUCCUCUCCACUCGCAGUUGUCUCUCCCAACCCAGCACCACUCCCCAGACUCAACUCUAAGCUAUCGCAAACUAGGCUUAACGUUUCCUCGGGUCACAUUCACAGCCCCUCCAAAUCAUCAUUGCUCGUAAACUUGCCUAAGAGAAGUUUCACACGGUUGAACGCUGCUGGGUUCGCAGAGAUCGAGCCUGACCUCAAUGAAGACCCCACUAACCGUUGGGAAACUAACAGUAUCUCCGCGGAGGAUUUUAAGUAUGGAGACUAUGAUGACCACCAUACUUACCAUGAAGGAGAGGAGACAGGAACCUUCUGGGGAUCAAUAGCAGAAGAUGUUGAAGCAGUAGGACCCCCUACAGGUUUUCAGGGUUUAAUAUCAUGGCUUUUUCCCCCUGCAGUUGCUGCCGCAAUGUAUUUUCAUGCUCCGGGGGAGUACUUGUUCAUUGGAGCGGGUCUAUUUACGAUUGUAUUUUGUAUUAUUGAGAUGGAUAAGCCAGAUCAACCCCACAACUUUGAGCCUCAGAUAUACAAUAUGGAGAGGGGAUCUCGUGACAAGUUGAUAGCUGAUUACAAUACCAUGGAUAUCUGGGAUUUCAAUGAGAAAUAUGGGGACCUAUGGGAUUUCACUGUGAAGGCGAAGGAUGAUAUAACAAAGAGAUAAAUGAUGCAACCCAGCACACCAUAAUCGGAAUCUUUAACAACUUGAGCAUAAAAGGUAUAACUAUAUUUUAGGCCUUUUAGUAUUGUCCACAGUCUUAUUUCUUUCUGCAUUGUCUUAUGUUUUGUUUAUAUAUCAGGUUUAGUAAUUGUAAUUUGUAAAUCUCCAAGAAAGAGAGUACAUAAAUGAAAUUCAUAUAUUAUGUUAUUGGUGUACAAAUUCAAUAAAAUAUGCAGCACAUAUCUGUCAGUUUCUCUCCCAACGUACAGAAGCAAUCUGUUAGUUGAGAUUAAGAAUAUUCAAGUUUCCUGACCAAAAAUUGGAAAAAGAAAAAGGGAUGUUUGAGCUCCGCUGAUACGUUGGGAAAUAUUCUAGUAAUGAAAACUAAAAAAUCACAUCAUGCUGCAGGCUACUCUCAAGUCUCUUGUAACUGGUAUUAUGCGCACAUAUAUUAUGUUGAAGACUAGACAUAAACAGGGGUAUGUCUGUUUAGAAUAUGAACUCCAAAUUAUGACGUGUCUGUCUGUCUUAUCCACAAUUCAUAUGCAGCUCCGAAGAGGGCACUUUUCCUUUCUUGCAGUUUGACAUGUGGAAUUUGAACGUCCAAUGUAAUGACUUGAUGAUUGUUAGUCCAAUAUCAACUUUGUAUGAAACAACAACAUUCUAGGACCAAUCAAUUAUGGGUUGUUUGCU